CGCCUCUCCUCACCCCUCGCGGGACCCACCCACGUGGUCCAGUCCCAGCCCACCUUGACACCUCUCACCCGACACCUUCUCUCUCCGGGUUUUUUAAAGACCAAGUCUUUUCCUGCUUCGGGACCUUUACGUGUGCGUGGCCCCCCACCCAGCUCCUCCUCGCCGUUCAGGUGCCAGCUCAGGGGUCACUUCCUCGGCUGCCUCCCCUCCUGCCUAGGUCAGGCUCCCAGAUGCACGUCCUCGAGGCACCUUGCCGUUGACCCGUUGUGCCGUUUACCUGGGUAUGGCUUAAGAUCCGCCUCCUCCUCACUCACUUGCCACAAGCAGGUCACAGCUCUUGUGUUCACCUGUGUGUCUUCAGUGCCUAGCACAGGGCCUGGCAUAUAGUAGAUGCUCAAUAAUUGCUCAGAGACCAUCCCGGUGCCUUCAGUGCCCUUCUCCUUCCUCUCCACCAGCAAACUCCUGUUCAUCCUUCGAGACCCAGCUCCAGUUUCCUCUCCCUGGUGCUCUUGGCAGCCGGUCCCCGCUCCUGUGUGUUGUCACAGAGCUUUGCACCUCCCUUACUCUGCACUUACUACCCCGGGUCGAGCCCUGGGUCUUUUUCUGGCGCUCCUGAGCUGCGCGGAGGGCAGUGCUGGGCACGGUAUAUCACCGGCAGUUGGCACUCUGGACGUGUUUGGGUCUUGGCCUGAUGCACCUCUUUGGCUCGUUGUUGUUUACUGUUUGUGUCGUUUUCCGUCGGCUUUGUGUAGUGUGAGUUCCUCAGCCACUCGGUCACUUCCUGGAAGGCAGGCUCAGUGUCACGGCCCCACUUUUUGCGUCUCCUAUUCCAGGAGCCUGACACGGGGCUGUGCACACCUAGAAGGGUUUUAGUAAACCCUCCUUUUUAUUUAAUUUAAUUAUCUUAUUUAUUGAAAAGUUUUUUUAAUAUUUAUUUUUGAGAAAGAGAGAGAGAGACAGAGCGCGAGCCGGGGAGAGAGGGAGGGAGACACAGAAUCCGAAACAGGCUCCAGGCUCUGAGCUGUCAGCACAGACCCUGACGUGGGGCUCGAACCCACGAACCGCGAGAUCAUGACCUGAGCCGAAGUCGGAAGCUUAACCGACUGAGCCACCCAGGUGCCCCUUAUUUUUUAUUUUAGAGAGAGAAAGCAGGGGAGGGGGCAGAGGGAGAGGGAGAGAGAAUCUUAGGCAGAGCAUGGAGCCCACCCGACACGGGGCUCAAUCCCAUGACCCUGGGAUUGCGACCUGAACCAAAAUCAAGAGUUGGACUCUCGACAGACUGAGCUACCCAGGCACCCCAGUGAAUCCUUCUUGAGUCUAUGUCAUAUCUACAUUUAUUUAUUUACUAUUAUUUUUAAAUGUCGUGUCUGCUUAAGUUUGUAGGGGCCUUGGCAGUUUUGGGAGGCACCUUGACAUCUUUUUUCUCAUUCUGGAACAUCUUGAUAAUUUGUGGGACCCCGUGCAGGGCCCCUUGUUCAAAAAGUAGUGAGCAUUUCAAGACUGUGAUAGCAGAGGUUUAGACCAAGGGUGGGGCUUCUAGGCCUCAGCUCAUGAAGCCGGCCCUGAUCUCGUUGUACCCAACGAGGGAAGAUACGGUAGAUAGAGCCCAUGAUUUCCUUUUUACAGAUGGCAAAAUGAAGGGCCCAAAGGGCAGGGACCAACCUCAGCUGUGCAGCUGAUCGGAAACAGUUCUGCUCCUGGAGCACGCUGACUGUCUUAUCCUGGCUCAGGGGCCCCCACAACUUUGAGCCUCAGUUUCCUCCUCUGUAAAAUGGGGGCAUCGACCUGAUCAUAAAAUGGCAGCUAGAACAGCUGGCAUGGCGGUGAAUCCCUGGACGGUCCCAUCGGGAACAUCACCUCAGCUUGUGGAUGCCUUUCCCCUAAAGUCACAGAUACAAAGCUCUUCUCUGCUUCUGGGAAGGGCCCGAGUCCUACAGAUAGUAGGAGGCUAAUUGGCUUUUGUGGUAGUUGAAGAAAUUAAAGCCCUCAGGAGUGGAAGAAGGCUGUCUUCUCAUCUCUUUUUGAAGGAAUGUGGGCACUUGGGUGGAAGUUUCCCCAGGGAGCCUUGGUAUUUCGAUGCUUUGAUAUCUAGAGGAACGAAAGAGAAUUAAUCGCUAUAGAUGCCCGUUCCCGCAGGCGUAGUCUGAGGGUGGAGGGAGUGGCAGGAGUGGGUGACGGGUCCUCCAUCCGAGGGCCAUUGCUGGUUGAAGAGAGACCCAGACUAGAGGCCAGAGGUUUGAGCAGCAUCUACCUGUAGGGGAGGCUUUGGAAAUCUCACUUUCUCUGGAAAACAUGUUUUCUUCAGCCCCUUGGGCUAGUGAGCAUCUCUCUUUGCUGAAAGACAGUGGAAGAGGGGUCUCGCUGCUCCCCGAGGUCCUGCACCUCCCUUACAACAGGUUGCUCCAAGUGUUGGCCUCAGAUCUCUGUCCUCACAGCGGGGCUGAAAGCUGGGGGUCCGCCUGUAACCAGGGACUCCGAGGUCAGUGCGCACAGCACAGGAGGUGACCGGGCCGGAGCGGCCGGGCACCACUCCCCAGUGCCCCCACCUGCCUCUGGCCGUGCUCCUGCCAGGGGAACCUGCAAAGGGCCCGAACCGUGAGGUUGUGUGUCAGGGGGCAAAAGAGGAGAGGGAGAAGGCAGCGUUCUUUGAUUCCUGCAAGAGGUGUGUUUGGGGCCAGUAGACCUGUGGCCAGGCGCUAGGUUGUAAAUGACCCGCAACUGUGUUUUAUGUUGUGUGGGGGGUGAGUUUAUGUUCACACAUGCAACUACAGGUGCUCGCCGAGCACAGGACAGACGUAAAUGCGUGUCCGAGCACAGAGCAGGUGGAGCCCGGGCUGUUUGGUGGGUGGGACGCCUUCUCGUGCAGGUUCAGGACUUGCCCAUCAGCUGCCCUGGAGUGACUCACCCCGGUGACAACGUCUCUGAGCACAGCUCUCAGUUGGACUUGGUGACUAACCCAAGGAAGGAGGGUGCGUGGUGACCUGCUUCAGCCGGAAAUGACAGGCGGGCAUUAGCUGCGCUCAGCACCUUAUCCCAGAGCCGUUGGUGCGGGUUCCCUGGGCCGGCCAGACACACAGGGCCGCACCUGCCUAUUUCUCCCCGGCCACAGCCCGCCCUGCGCAGUUGAGCAGCUGUUUGCCUGAAGUUAAUUUCCAGAGGCAGGAGUCCCCAGGGCUGGCCAGGGAAUGAACCGCGAGGGGGCUCCCGGGAAGAGUCCGGAGGACAUGUACAUUCAGCAGAAGGUCCGAGUGCUGCUCAUGCUGAGGAAGAUGGGAUCAAAUCUGACGGCCAGCGAGGAGGAGUUUCUGCGCACCUACGCGGGGGUGGUCAACAGCCAGCUCAGCCAGCUGCCCCAGCACUCCAUCGACCAGGGUGCGGAGGACGUGGUGAUGGCAUUUUCCAGGUCGGAGACGGAGGACCGGAGGCAGUAGCUGUGAACCCCUUGGAACACCCUGGAAGCUGGCAAGGGCCAAGAGAUCUGUGUGGACCUCGGCCAGCCGAGUGGCAGCAGAUCACCUUCCCGAUUCCCCCUGCCCCUACACCCUACCCUACCCCACUCCAGGGUCACUCAGCAGGGCUGGCACCGAAGGAGGCACCGGUGGUGCAGUUACAAUUGGCUUAAAGGGACGGACUCAUGAUUGGCUGCAGGAAGAAACCCUUUUAUUUUUAAAUCUUGACCAACAGAAACCUUUUAUUUUUAUUUCUGACUUUUUUUUUUUUUAAUUUGCUCCUCGGUAUAUGGCUUCCCAGGAAGCUCUCCGAGAUCUGGUGCUUUAUUUAGGUCACUUUUUAGGAAUGUGAAGAGGCCCGAUUGGCUGCUUAAACUGGAAAAGGAUUCUGAUUGGCCAGCUAGUGGGAAACGGUGUUGUUUUUUUUUUUUUUUUUCUUUGAUUGGCUGCAGGUGUUCUGCUGAUAGCAACAGCUUCUCUCUUUUCAAUGCUGAAAACAGGGUUUGGGACAUUGGUUGUUAUAUUUGACUUGAAAAGAAAAAAAAAAAAAAAGAAACCAAGUGCGCUUUGCAAUAUUUAUUACACAAAGAGCUUGCUGCUGCUUUCACGUGUUUUGUUUGUGUUCGCAUUUGAUUUGAUUUUGAUAUGUGUGUUUGGUUUCUCAUUGGCUCAUCCGCGACUCCCGUUUCCAGGGGCGCCCCCGGCUCGGCCGCAUGGGCGGUGUCUCUCCAGUCCGGGGGUCCACCCGGAGAGUGCGUUUGCUCUAAUGCCCACACCGGGCUCCACUGGCAAGGGGACCUCCGAGGCCCCAUGCAGGGUCUACAGCUGGAAAAGAGGGCCCCCAAGGAGGUUUGUGCUGUCCUGCAGGAGCAGACCAGAGCUUAGAGGUGACCAUUAGCCAGGAUUUAUGUUCAUCACUUCCAUGCAUUGGCACCCGGCCAGGCCCCCUUCCGGGGGGAGCUGUGGGGCUCCGCUCCGCAUGGGGCUGGGCCUCUCUGGCCUGUCCCUGCUGAGUAGAGCAGCGGGUGGCUCUGACCUUUCAGCCGAUCCCUCCAUAUCUACUUCCUGAAGCCUCAUCUGGGGCUCCUCCUGUAAAGGGCAGGAGCUGCUCCUGGCUGUGAGACCCCACAGUGGAGCAGAGGUCUCUGCCCGGGAGCCCGGAACCCCCACAAAGGCCCCAGCUUGGCUCACGAGGCCCGGGAGGCCUUUAGGUCUCCACACCCGGCCCUGGCCUCCGCCAGCCAGGCUCCCAGGGUACCUGCCGCUGGGCAGUAGGCCCUGGCCCGGGCUUGGAGUCCUCAUAUCCGACGGAAGGGUCCCUCUCCAUGUCAGCCUGGAACAGACAUUGUUUGCUUCUGAAGUGCCGACUGAGACAGCUGGCCGGGCCUUCGCUGAGCAGGUUCCACCAGGCCGGCCCUCGGCCCGGAUCCCCAGAGACACACGGCAGAGCAGCCGGGUUUGAGGGGCGGUGAGAGCCCCAGGUCUUCCCACCUGCCCUCCUCCUUCCCUCGGGGGGAGCCUGGCCUUCUCCCUGUGUCUCUCACCAGAGUGGAGUCUGGGUGGGGAGGUGGAGGAAGAUGGGGACCUCAGGGACCGGGAGCCUGGACCCUCCCCCGAGACGGUAAAUGGCUGAGGCCCCCGUUUUGCCCCAGGUUCCCAGAGCCAGGAGAAGAUUCUCAGAGCCAGACUCCCCCUUCUCAGGGCUGGGGCUGUACGGAUCACAGGAGCUGCCCUGGGGCCAUGUGGACGGCUCGUGCUGUGCUGUGGGCCUUGCCCCAGAAGGACUCGCGUGUCACAGCUUAGAUGGCCCUGACCUCCUCCGCACGUGGGCCUGGUUAGCUGACCUGGUUAGGUUAACCUUCAAAGAGCGUCGAUCCCCAGGGAGCGGGGACUGUGGAGACACCAACAGUGGCCCGAGAGCAUCCUGAGGAGGAGAGGCAAUUGGCGCAUGUGUGAGCACACACACACUUUCACUCUCAGUGUCCUGCCUCCAGCUGAGCCCCUGGGGAAAGGUCAGCUUUUGCGAGCCCCCUCCCCCCAGGUUAUGACAUCUGUCACCAGGUGCCAGUACCAGGUUGCCAUUUUCCCCCUCUCUGUGUACCUGCAGCUCCCAUAAAGGGUCCGUGUCCAGGCCAGUGGUGUGUCUGUGCCCCAGCCUGUCCUUGUCAAGGUCACAGGGCCUCCCUCUUGUAACAGCAAUGGCCCCGGUCUGUCUUGCCAUCUGAACACGAAAAGUGAAGGUGUUUCUGUGGCUCCAUAUUUCAACUGAAAAUAUAUCUGUUGGAGAAAAAAAAAUUAACAAUAAAGAUUUUUAAUAGC